GGACGUGACAUCAUAGGUUUUGAACCUCAGCGACCGCGCGCAGGGCUAAUGAAUUAGCUAAACAUUUUACGGUUUAAUGCCAACUUGCCAACAGAAGUAAUACAUUUUUACGAGAAGAUUUAUUUCUUUUUGUUCUUUCAGCUGCGCGGUUUGAUCCAAAGAUAGGAUGGAUCUUCAAAAAAUAAUUCACGACGCGCUGUACGACUUCAUUUUGUCAUAUAUUCCUCACGCGGAUCUGAGUACGCUAGAUGACGUGCUUUUGUCCUAUAUCACUGGGGUUCUGGAGGAUUUGGGAUCUCAAGAAAGUGUGGAGGAAAACUUUGAUGUAGAGGUGUUUGUUGAAAUGUUAGAGGCUUACAUUCCUGGUUUCUCAGAUAUUGACAGUGUCAAAGUCUGUGAGAUGAUGUUUAAUCUGGCAUCAAAGUUGGCCUCAGCCCGGGACACAGAAUCUGGAGAGAUAAAAUUAGAGGAAGGUAAAUUCCCCCUCUCAGAAAGUUCUGUUUUAACCCACGGAGGUUCAAGAGAGAAGACACACAACCUCACAUUACAAGCAGAGGGAGCCACAGCUCAGGUUAGUGAAUCUUCGUGGGAUAACCAGGAGCAGCAUCUUCUUGAGAUGUUUCCUAAAUGCAGUGUGACUGAGGCCAGAAGUGCAUUGUCUAUUGCUAAAGGAGACAUGGAGGAAGCUGUUCGUCUCAUUAUUGAGGGAGAUGUCCAGUUUACGUGCCCCCCGUCUCUCAACGCUAACCAAGGGAAGACCAUUUCUGCUGAUGUUGAUCAGAAAAUGAAAGCAAGCAUUUUAGAAAAGUACAUGCUGGUUGAUAGUGAAGAAGACAAGAAAGUACACAGACCAGUCACUCCAAAAGAUGCUCCUAAGAAACUGGUCCGCUAUCAUGGCAGUCAGGUGGUCACUACAAAAGGAGAGCGCUACCAUCUAGUCAAGAAAGAAGAACCAGAAGACAUGAAGAAGACUUAUGUUAGUCUCAAACCAGCACGCAAAUAUCGAUUUCAUUGAUGAAAGGCGUCUUGUUGAUGGACCGUUCUGAGUCAACCCUUCAUGUUUUUGAUAUUGUGUCUGGUUGUCUGUGACUGGAAACAGAUGAUUUAGUUUUUAUUUAAAUGUACCUUGGUCCAACUGUGUGUCCAUUUACAUAUAUGGUGCUGGAGAUUUAGUAUCUUGGGAGUUUUAUGGGUUUUGAUGUUUGAAUUGGUGGCUGUUCUAUAUAAUCUCCCAGCAGGUCUCUUUUUUCGAGCCCUUAUAAGUUACUGUAUUUAUUUUUUUAACUACUUUUUACUAAAACCUUAAGCUAUACUUAAAAACAUGAAGGUGUUUACAUUUGACUGUUUUCUUUAAGCCAAACCCUGUUUUACACAUAAUUUCAAUGAAAGUCAUUCUGCUAAGUGGUUGUUUUGUUAUAAAAUCAGCCAAUUUAGCACAUUUUCAGUGGCAGGAACAUUAGUGUUUGUAUUUUGCACUCUGUUUAUUUUCAUACGCAGAAAUAAAAAGACUACAUAUAUGUUCCUACAUAGCUUAAAUAAUAGCAGGGUCUGUGUGACAGUUGAUUUUUGUUGCAGUUUAAAAACGAGGUCGGCCUGUUAAUUCUGGGUUCAACUGAAGGAGAAUCUUCCCAUACACUGGACAAGCUUUGGAUAGACCAAACCUUCACCUGCAUAUUUACUAGAGUUAGUUUCUCUGUGUUGUGCAGUUAGCUGGCUUUGCAUAGGUUUAGUAAUGGAUGUGCUUUUUGUUCACUAUUAACAAUUGUAUUGUCAUAUCCAUAUUAUCACCAGUAUUUUUCGAGAUUGUUUGUUUGUGCUUGAUGUACUGUUUACAUGUAGCCCAUGUUGUCUUUGGCAUAGAAUCAGUGUCAACAUUACCAUUCAACUCCACCAUGGCCCUGAAACUUAAAUGCAGUGAUUAUAGAUUCAAAUAUAUUAACAGUAUUUUUCAAGGACUGAUGAUGUUUUUGAGAGUAACUAGUAAAGAAUGAAUGUUUUAUGAA